AGUCAGUUCUACUCUUCCAGGAGUUGUGCACAGCACAGAUGGGUACAGAACGAAGGAAAAGUACCACUGCCUGCUUGGCUGCUGCUUUUAUUUUAACAUGUCAUUUAGUACAAAUGUCAGAAUGCCUUCGACUGACGAAAACAGAAAGACGAGCAGCACGGAAAGGAUUUGAUGUUGGUGUCCAGGAAGGGAAGAUUCUAUUUGGAGAUGUUUUUGAGAAGCAGUCGCAUGUCACAGACCAAACCUGGAAAACAUCUUCAAAUGCUUCUACAGAGGAUGAAACUUCAUAUCAGGCAGAUUUUGCAGGAUGGACCCAACCAGAAAUGGAUGACACCCUUAAGGAGAAAUGGAACCGCAUGGCAGCAUCCCUGCAUUGUUAUGGGGAUCAUUUGAAGUUCAGAUCACUUGGACCAAGUGCUUCUCAACUGGAAGUAGAACAAGAAAAUAAAGAACUAAUGCCGCUAGCAAUGGUCCCACCAAAAUGUGGCUACAAAAUGCAUGAAAACUCGAAGGCAUUUGUCAUGAUGGUUCCUUACAAUGGCUGCAACAUGAUGCAACAGGACGAUAACUACAAGUUGCUGUUGCGCUGGCAUGGAAAUCCUGUCUCACUCCUGUGUCCCAAACGUGGAAGGAAGUCUUACCACCACUGGCCUCGCAGGCAUCACUGGCCCCAGUAUCCACAGGUGCCCCAGAGCCCAGAGCACCCCCAGGUGCCCCAGUAUCUACAAAUGCCCCAGAACCCAGAGUACCCCCAGGUGCCCCAGUAUCCACAGGUGCCCCAGUAUCUACAGAUGCCCCAGAGCCCACAAGCACCCCAGACUCCACAGAACCCUCAGGUGCCCCAGAGCCCACAAGCACCCCAGACUCUACAGAACCCCCAGGUGCCCCAGUAUCUACAGAUGCCACAGAGCCCACAGGCACCCCAGACUCUACAGAAUCUGCAGAUGCCCCAGUAUCUACAGAUGCUCCAGAUUCCACAGAACCCCCAGUUGUUCCCAUAUCUGCAGGUUCCUUGGUAUUUUCAGGUGCCCCAGUAUCCACAAAGGCCCCAGACUCCACAGAACCCCCAGGUGCCGCAGAUGCCCCAGACUCCACAGAACCCCCAGGUGUUCCCAUAUCUGCAGAUGCCCCAGGUACUCCAGUAUCUACAGAUGCUCCAGGCUCCACAGAACCCACAGGUGCUGCAGAUGCCCCAGACUCCACAGAACCCCCAGGUGCCCCAGGCUCCACUGGAUGUUGACCUUCCGUACCUGUCUUCUCUUUAUUCACACCCAUUAUUUUCUUACCUCUUUACAUCAGGAGCUGAAGAUACUUCACCACAAUUUUCAUUGUCAUUCUCCUCCCCUCAGCAAGCUUUCUCUGUUCCAACCCCAGUUGCAUCACAAGUUCCAGAAGAUGCUAGUUACCCUCAGAUGCCUCUGGACCCAUACUUUUGGCCAUUUGGAUCUUAUAGUCAUGACCUGCCUUCAUACUUUCCUUUCCCUGUUCCUGAAUACCAAAAUAUUCCUAUGCCAGAAUACCCUAAAAAUCCUGUAACAGAAUAUCCUAAGAAUCCCACACCAGAAAUGAAGACUGCAGCUCCUACAACUUCUGAAAGUCCUAUGCCCUCAGCAGCAGUUACUCAGGCCACUACAGAUAUUCCUCAGUCUUAUUCACCUGAGAAGCUGCCGUUUCUUCCCUAUGGACAGGAAUUUCCACACUUUUUCUACCCUUAUCAAGGCUAG